AUGGACUCUGAAAAAGACACAAGCCAUGAGAUGGUUGAAAAUGUCAAAUCAACAUCUUCAGUGCCGGAAAUAGACCGAGCCGCGGAAAAGCGAUUGCUGUGGAAGCUUGAUAUCCAUGUUGUGCCCAUACUAAUGUUUCUUUUUCUUCUUGCUUUCCUUGACCGAAUCAAUAUCGGCAAUGCACGACUACAAGGUCUUGAGAAGGACCUUGGUAUGGAAGGCCAUGACUACAAUAUAGCACUUUUCAUCUUCUUCAUCCCAUAUAUCUUGUUUGAAGUCCCCAGCAAUCUAGUCUUGAAGAAGGUCCCGCCCUCGUGGUGGCUGAGUGGAAUAAUGUUCCUCUGGGGUAUUUCGUCCAUCUGCAUGCUACAAACUAUGCUGACAUUUACAGGAAUUGUCACUAUUUGUCAGGGAGUAACACAAAGCUUCGGAGGUCUAGUUGCAUGUCGAUUCUUGUUGGGCUUAUUUGAGGCUGGAUUCAUGCCUGGUUGCAUCUACUUGAUCGCCAUGUACUACAAGCGCCAUGAAUUGCAAUGGCGACUGAAUGUUUUCUUCAGCGCAAGCAUUCUGGCUGGCGCUGUUAGUGGUUUGCUCGCAUAUGCCAUCGCCAAAAUGGACGGUGUGGCUGGAUACAGUGGCUGGCGAUGGAUCUUCAUCAUCGAAGGCUUAGCGACAGUUGCGUCUGCCAUCGCGGCAAAAUUUUUGAUCGUCGACUGGCCUGAGCAGUCUACGUUCUUGAACGACCAAGAGCGCACCAUGAUGAUUCAAAGACUUUCGGAAGAUCGAGGCGAGGCGCAGAUGAACCGCUUUGACAAGCCAGCGAUGAAGCGAACGUUCACCGACAUCAAACUAUACCUAGGUCCGAUCAUGUACUUUGGCAUCGUCAACACCGGGUAUGCAACAUCAUUUUUCACCCCAACCAUCCUCAAACAACUCGGUUGGACAUCCGUUCGGGCUCAAGUGAUGAGUAUUCCCAUCUACCUCGUGGCAACAGUCAUUGCUUUAGCGACAGCAUUUGCCAGCGAUCGACUCCGCCACCGCUUCGCGUUCACCCUAACGGGCUGCAUGAUCGCCACGAUCGGAUACAUCCUUCUGCUCUGCCAGGAGUCAGUGCCCGUGGGAGCGCGGUAUUUCGCUCUUUACGCAAUCACGGGCGGCGGGUACAUGACGCAGCCGAUCUUGAUGGGGUGGCUGAGCAACAAUAUGGCCGGGCACUAUAAGCAGUCUAUUGCAUCGGCCAUGCAGAUCGGCUUUGGCAACUGUGGCGGUCUGGUUGCCAGCAAUGUUUUCUUUGAUUCCGAGGCCCCGACAUAUGUCACUGGGUUUGGGGUGAGUCUUGGUAUGGUGUGGAUCUGUGGAGUCGCGUGUGUUGUGUUCUUUGCUUAUUUGCAUCGCGAGAAUCGAGUCCGCGAACAGGGCAAGAGGGAUCAUCGGUAUGAAUACCCUCAGGAGGAAUUGGAGAAUCUUGGCGACGAUCAUCCUAGUUUCAGAUUCACAUAUUAG